AUGAGACUUACCAGACCCAACUGGGUCAAGCAUACCGACGACAAGGACCGGCGCUCGCCCAUCUUCAGUAUAUCAGUGCAUCCAGAUGGUACCCGCUUAGCUACUGGAGGCUUGGACAAAAAGGUCAAGAUAUGGUCGACGUUACCGAUUCUGGACAAAGAGACCGACGAGAAUGAAGCGAAUCACAAACUGCUAUGUACGAUGUCUUCGCAUACGGGAUCCGUCCUGGCGGUCCGAUGGGCUCACCAUGGCCGAUUCUUAGCGAGUGGAUCCGACGACACGGUCAUUGUCAUCUGGGGUAUUGACCCGGACGGCGGAGGCCGAGUGUUCGGCUCAGACGAAGUCAACGUGGAGAACUGGAAGGCAUUGACGAGACUUGUCGGACAUACUGCAGAUAUUAUUGAUCUUGCUUGGUCUCGGGACGACUCUAUGAUGGCUUCUGUGGGUCUAGAUAAAUUGGUGUGGAUCUGGGAUGGCCAGUCAUUCGAUCGAUUACGCAAAAUCGAUUUGCAUGGAGAUUUCGUCAAGGGCGUCUGCUGGGAUCCAGUCGGAAACUUUCUCGCCACUCAGUCUGACGAUAAGACGGUCAAGAUUUGGGAUACUGCGAAUUGGAAUCUCGUGCACAGUGUCUCUGCGCCAUUCAAGAACUCUCCAAAAUCCACGUUCUUCAGGCGUCUGAGCUGGUCACCGGACGGCGCGUUCAUCGCUGCCUCCAACGCUAUGAACGGUCCUGUAUUCGUCGCUGCAGUCAUUGAGCGAGAAGGAUGGAAUGCAGAUAUCUCGUUUGUGGGACACGGAAAUACCAUUCAAGUGGCGGCUUUCAAUCCCCGAUUAUUCUUUCGUGAGGGAGAUGACCCCGGACGAGCAACCGCCUCUUGUAUGCUGGCUCUCGGUGCAGACGAUUUCAGUAUCUCCAUCUGGCGAAAUACAUUGCACAAGCCAGUGGUCGUUUUGGCAGAUGUUUUCAACCGACCAUUGUUGGAUCUCUGCUGGGCGACCGAUGGACAUCAGCUGUAUGGCUGCUCUGCAGAUGGCACAAUCUGCGCUAUCAGCUUUGACGAUGCGGAAUUGCCAGAGUUGGCCGAGAUCGAGAAGACUGAACUGGUGCUCAACGAGUAUGGCUACAAGCCAGUGCGGAAGAGUGUCCCUAGACCUAUACAGUCUCAGACUCCCGUCAACGGAUUCGGACCUCAACCUUCUGGCAGCCAUGUCAACGUCAUUCAACCGCGGAAGGGCAAAUCUAAGGCUCAAUCUCUCACUUCUCAAAAACGUCGCGUCGAAUUGGGUGGCUUUGGACCUCCAGCCGAUUCACACGAUGCAUUUUCAUCUGGUCAACUUCAGCCUCUCGGUUCAGGUCAAGAUCAUACGGCGAGAAUGUUUGAAGAUGCACACGCUGCCUUUGGCGACAACUCAGCAGGUCCGUCGAAUCUGGGUCAAAAACGGAAAGCGAGUCUAUCGAACGAUGAUCAUCGGCAAUAUAAAGGUCGCACAAUGGGUUCUUCGCGAUCCGACGUCGACGUCAAGGAAAUUCGAGCGCCGCGGGUGGUGGUCAGCGGGGAUGGCAGUCGAGGUCGGACAUUGCCAGUGCCUCGAGUGCAGACUUUGCUCCGCGUCAAGUCGACAUACGAUGAGAGUCUGUACCUCGAAGCGGAGAACUCAGAGGACGCCAAAGGCAAGACGAGAGUCGCACUCAGUCAAGACGGACAGAAUCAAUGGCUAGACUUUAUGCCGGGGCCGGUCAUCGCCAUGGUCCUCUCGGAAUCGUUCUGUGCCGUCGGCUGUGAAGAUGGGAUGGUGAUGGUGUAUUCACCGGCUGGGAGACACAUAAAACUGGACUCGUCGAUCGCCGAGAUGACUGGGAAUCGUGAUAAGCUGUUUGUCAUAACUGCUAGCUGCACUUGUCACAUUCUCGACGUAAAAUCUGGAAAGUCGCUUUUCCCUCCCGUUUCCAUGUCCCAUCUGCUAGGCGAUCAUAACAUCUCCUCGAUCUCCGUUCGACCUCACGGUGUGCCCAUCAUCACCACCUCUCACCCCUGCGCAUACGCCUACGACACCAUGCGCGACGCUUGGACACCCCUCACCUCUUCAUGGUGGUUAGAGUCAUCUCCCUUGGCUGAUCGUCGCUCACGUCCGGGUCCUUCGGGUCCGCUCGCCGAUAUCGAAGGUGAAGUGUCGAGACUUUGGAAAGGAAACCAGAUAUCGGAGGGGGAGAAACCCGAAUGGUGGGACGUGGCGCUCGAGUUGGGUCAUUUGGAGAGCAAAGUCAGAGCGGCAGAGCUACUACAAAGUAAAGAGGAGUACAAGUUCUGGUUGAUCAGAGUUGCUGGAAUCUUGGGACGAGAAGGGUUCAGAGCGCGUGCAGAGGAACUGAUCAAGGAUCUGUUAGGGCCAUUGUACAGUCAUCCUGGACGAGAUGCUUGGGUAUCAACAGUUAUUGGGUUACAAAGACGAGACCUGCUCAAACAGGUUCUCACAACGUUUGCUCAAAGUACCUCGUUGUCGGGCUUGGCGCAGCAUUAUCAGGGCAUCAUGAAGGAGAUUGCAGCCGAAGCUAGCGAGUUGUAA